AGACAAAGAUUUCGCCCAAGACCUUAUAUUACCAAUCGUGUCUGUCCUUAUCGCAUGCGCAACAGCCCGUUAUGUUGUGCCGGAAUGUUAAUCGAUAAGCCGUUGGUAAAAAUCUGUUGCCGCGGGGUUAUUGUGCUUAAAGGCCAGUGUGGUCGACGCAUGGGCAAAUGCGGUCGCAAUUUAUUUAAUCGUAGAUAUGAGAAAUGUUGCCGUCGGCAAGUUAUUCCCAGACGAGAGAGUUGUACACGAAAGCGCUGUGGACGAACGAGGUACAUGACUUUCUCCCAUCAAUGCUGCAAUGGUAAAGUGAUCCCUAAGGGACAGACUUGUGUUCCAUUUCCUGUAAAGACCAGAUGUGGUAGUGUCCCUUUUAAUCCACACAGAUACAAGUGUUGUUUUAAACGAGUAGUGUCUCUACAUUCCCCUUGUUCGUCUUGGACUCCUUGUGGACACACCUUCUACGAUUCGCAAUACCAGCAAUGCUGUAACGGCCAAGUGCUAUCUCUACGUUCACCCUGUAUACCGUUUAAGUGUGGCGGCCGCAAUUUCAAUCCACGAAAGCAAAAAUGCUGCAGUGGACAAAUUUAUCCCAAAUUCCUGAUGUGUCCAAAUCCCUAUCAACAUCGAUUUUGUGGAAGCAACGUUUUCAAUCCUUCGUUUCAACGGUGUUGCCGAGGAUACGUCGUGGCUCCCCUGCGAUCAACCUGUCGUAGAUGUGGCCGUGACUUUUACAUCCGAUCUGGCUUCAAAUGCUGCCAUGGAAACCAAAUUGUCCCUAAUUUUGUUCGGUGCAAUGCGUAUGGGUAAACAACAUUAUGUAUUCACUCUGUAUGGUUUAUCAGAGUUCUGCAAGAAUAUUUUUAUGCUUUUGUACUCUUUUGUAAUGUAUUAGUGCUCGAUUGAAAUUUCCCAAUUGAAAGAAGAUGAAGUUAUAAUCCGCAGCCUUUACCCAAUGAGAAUUUAUUGAUUUUAUAAUAAAAUCAUUUGCGACAUGUUUUGAAAUCAUUUGUAGUCUCCUCGUAAAGCUUAACAUGGAGUUUGGAAUAUUUGAUUUUUUAUGAAAAAAGGUGGCCAGCCAAUAUCGAUAAUGACGAAAACCGGGAAAAAAGAUGAGCUCAUUGGCUUUUAUACCGCCUUGGGUCGUUUAACAACCACUAAGUUGUGUAUUUAACCUUUAAAAUCAAUUCUUGACAACUCGAACACUUUCUGUCUCAAACCUUGCGUUAACUAAAGCCAAAAUUGAACUCCAGGGAUUUUCGUCAAACAUUUUCUAUAAUUUUAUCCUCGGUAACUCGCAGCCUGGGUAACUUGAUCCUUCCUCAAACUUGAACCCAUUUUUGCUUCGUUUCAGUAAAUUUCUGUACAGUUUUACCCUUUAUGCAUCGGAAACUAUGUGUAUAUAGUUCAUAUCCUGCGUUGCUGGCGAUCUGCGAUUUUGGGGGCGGAGAGAAAAAUGAAAACUGCCCCCAAAAUCGCAGACCGCCAGCAACGCAGGCUAUAUGGUUCAUGGUAAAUCAUACUGGCUGACAGCACUGUAGUCCUCAAUAUUGAGCUGUUUUACAGCGGCAAACUAUAGAAGUUCCAUUUUAACCCGAUUUCUUCGUAUUGUGGGUAAAUUUGAUGAAAACGAACCUUUCGUGAAUAGAUGCACGGUGAAUACCAUAUUUUUCUCACAUAUGGUUCUUUGUUCUCAUUUCUGAUGACUGAAUCGAACUUUUUUAAUUACCCUUGAAGGUUCUACCUAUAGUAUAAUAUAGAAUAAGGAGUAGACAGAAGUUAUUUCAAAAUUCAGUUGUUAAAUUUUCUGCCUCUUUCCUCGAGUUUUCUGUAUCAUAUACAUUCUAGACAUAUCAGUUCAAAAAAUUUAAACAUCUCUCGUUGCGAUAUUCUUAUGACUGCAUUUGCAUUCUCCUAUUUCUCUGAUUGUUCUCACUGAACUCAAAUCAACGUCUGUGGCGCUAAUCCAAUUUCGUGAAGUCCCCAUUAGCAGGAGGACACUCUCAAUCGGGAAGCAGAAGAAAAUUGUUCAACCGAGUUGUCUAGUAAUUUGUUUGGUAAUUGUUCAGUAAUCUUUUAUUAAUUCAUUCGCUCUGACAAAAGGCUGACGCUCGAAACGUCAGUUUCGAAACUCUUAACAGUGGCCAAUUUACGUUAUCAACUCAGUUGAUGAUACCAAAUUAUUCUGUUAUACUCUCCCACCGACGUAAUGGUGGGAGAGUAUGACAGUGGAAACUUAUCCCUUACUGAGUUGUUUAGUAGCCGUGUAAGGCUGGUAUGAAUUGAACUGGUCUUUGGGGGAGUUUCAACAUGCAACGUCUAUUUUUAAGACGUCCAUAAAAAGAAGUUUCCCAAUUUAUGAUACAGGAUCCAUCAACAAUGUCAAUGAACUGGCAAUACAGGUGAAGUGAAGAAAAACGGAAAGGUCAAGGACUGCCCCAUCUCACUAACUAGUUUACAAGUAUCAUACAUUCGCUAAAGAAACAAUAAAUGAAAUUCACAUCAAUAUUGAGACUAUAUCAAGUAUUCAUCAUUAGAGAUGACUGACACAUCCAAUUUAAACAGCUUUUGUCUCGAUGAGCAGUUUACCAAAAAUAAAACAAACUGAUGGUUCUCGAGUCAUUUUGAUGAAAACCUCAGAGGAGUUUCAUAGUUGUGUGGUUUAAUCAGCUGCGCCUGACAGGGGAGGAAUGAAAGUUUUGAAACAUGGAAUCUUGUUGAAAGAAACCUCCGAUGGUGGAACAAGGUGUCACUAAAGUGAUGACUGAAGAAUGUCUAGAAUUAUGACGAUUCGUUACAACACAUGUUAAAUAACAACAAAAAACGCUCAUAACUGAACCAGAAACCGAUGCAAACGGUAGUGAUAUUUGAAUAAUCGGUGGGCUCAAAGUAAGGAUUGUACGAUCUCAAGUGGAUGCUACGAUAUCAUCGAAAAAUAGCUCUUUUGUUCGCAGGAGUCUCAUUAUAUCCAGCAGCCAAACCGUAGAGCGUCACACGAUCAAACUUGGCUAUGCACAGAAAACGCGUAUUUUAAAAUAGACCCUAUAUAUUUCAAUUCCUUCUUACACUUAACCUUUUAAACCCUGACAUCAGCAUGAAUAUUCUCCAUACUGUUCUUUGUACAUUUCCUAGGGUACUGAAAAGGAGAAUUUGUUUAACAAAUUCGUGCUUUUUAAGUUGGUGAUCAUUUCCUUUAUUCUUGUAACCUUAACGUUUGAUUCAGGUGGGAUUUUUUGAGGAGAAAUUAGAUGUUAGCCACUCUCAGAGGUUAAAGGGUUAAUACUGCAUUUCCAUUCAUUUCAAAAUUUGUUAUGUUUAAGGAUCAGUUUUGAUGAUUCAACGACAAUUUGUUCCAUCUUUGGGGUUUCCCCCCUAUCCAUCCUAAGGAUGAAGCUACCCAUUUAAUUCCAUUGUAUAAAGUCCUGUUACAUCUAUCUUGAUCGCGGACGUUUCUACAAUAUACACUGCUAUCUCGUUUUUGUCGAGCGAGGCUGAACCGUAUUGCUCACAAUAUUGAUUUAAUUGGUAAACAUUAUGUUUUCUGUGUCAGAACGGACCCUUAGUAGAAAAUCGGGUGUAUCAGUAGAAAAUGAGUGUUUCCGUUGCCAUCAUAACCACAUUUUGAAAAAAAGGAAACAAACUUGUACUAAAGUCAUUUUAAGGAAAAUUUCACGGGUGCUUCUGCACUGUAUAGUUUUAUAUUUCUUAGGUGGCUUUCAGAAUGUGAGUAAUAUUCUGCUUCUGAAAGAACCACCUCGGCUAAGACAUGAGAUCGAGGAGGGCUCACUAAUAUAUUAAAUAUUGUUUUCAAGAUCGGUGACGCAUUUCAUUUGGAGUAUCCAUCAAAUAUCAAGUUGAAAUACGCAACAUUCAGCUUUAAAUAGGUAAGAUGAAGCUAAACAAGCCAUAAAACUUGAAGUGUUUAUGCUAGUUUGCCAAUUUGUGGAGUUCGAUUUUGGCUUUAGUUUGAAAUAUCAAUAAGAGACGUCUAAGCUUAUCAGUGAACCUGAAAUUCGCUCUGACGAAGAGCUAACGCUCGAAACGUCAGUUUUAAAACCUCUUGAGGGUGGCCAAUUUACACUAUUGACUCAGCUGAUAAAUCAAAGUGAACUUGAACUUAAGAUUAAACAUACUGACAUACAAAAAAUGUAGUGCCCCUGAUUUCGUCUUCAGGCUGUGAAAGUGGAUCUUUUUAUAAACUCAGUUGAGUGUUUGAUCUUUCAAAAAUUUUCCAAGAACUAUAAUGACUUCACUCCGACUCGAAACGAAUAUUGAUAAUUUCUUCUUAUCUCGAAUUUAAGUCCUCUCAAGUGUGAAAUUAUUGCUAUAUUAUUGUUGACGCAAAUUGAGAAUAAGGGUACUCAUCAAAAUUGAUGAGUGAUUGAAAACGUGACUUUCAGAUUUAAAUAGAUCUGUCUGUAGCUAGAAGUAAACCAUGCUCAGUUGAAGCCCCCUUUCUUGGGAAAUUCUUAAUUGAUCUAUGGUGGCAAUUGUCCUCGUAGGUUUUCCUAUUGAAAUCUGAUUAAAAAAAGGGGUUUGUACAUCUUCUUUUUGGCUGAGCACCAUGCAGUUGCGGUCGCAGACACUUUUUGGAAUGUUGAGGUUUUCUUCGGUUUUCGUCAGAAUAUUCUCGACUCUGACGUAUUUGGCGAGACUACAUAAGUGAGUUUAUAUGCAUACACAGGGUUCUCCUUUCAGCUUGUUUCAGUCUUGUUUGACGGAUUGCAUAUAUAGAUAUUACCUAUGAUACUUCCAAUAUCUUACGACGCUGGGACCUUUGAAAUCCCAAAAUGUUUAAAAGCUGCAAAAGUAUUCUUGUCUUCCGAUCUUUUUCUCUUAAACUCGUUACAAAAGAUAUUUCCAUCUUUAGUUCUUGUCACGCACUUUAAUUCCACCCCGUUUUUUUCAGAAUUUUUAUCCUUGUCUUUAACUGUUUUCUCUUUUUAGUCCUAUGAUUCAAACAAAGCAUUCAGUUGUUUCCCCCCCCCCUGUAAAAAUAUACUUACACAUCGUCACGCAAAUCACUUCUGUUGACUAUAUCACUAACAAGCUGAGGAAAUCCUGACCAAAGUUUGGUAUCGUAUUAUUAAGGGGCGGAAAGUUAUCGCUGGUGUUUUAAAGUUCUAAAUGAAAUGUUCAACUUAUUCCGGUCAACUGGCGCUAAAUUUGUCGUUGAACGCACACCUCUAAUUAGGUGAUGAUAUAAAAUUGUAGGGAAGCCAAACAUAAACAAUAAACGACCUGAAAAUCUAUGUAAACGAUAAAGAGGUGCUUUAAAGAGAAACCUGCAGUAAUCACGUAUCGUGAUAUUAAUUCAGUACCUCAGGUAAAAAUAAUUUCGCUCCUUUUUUAAUCUGUUGGUAUGUAUUCUCAGCAUCAAGCCACUAAGGGCAAUACAUGCAUGUAAAUAUAAAAGUUCUGAUUUCUUUUUUCAGCAUGGUCAGCGUAUAUUAAGAGGACGAGGACAGUAUAUAAGGGAGUGGUUUUUUUCUUUUCUGACAUUAGUUAUCUGAACUUAGUGUUAUUGACUAAAAAUGGCCCGUAUUCUGUGUGGAAUCACAGUUUUAAUUCUUGCGCUUUCUCCACUGUUGUUGGCAAAUGCCGAAGAGAAGAUUUUAUCCAGCGAAGAACUUCAAACAAACGACCAAGAGGUCCAUGAAGACGUAGCUUUAUCUCAUUCAAAUAAGAUGCAAGUUGGUAAGUCAGACCUAAAUCGUGGUUGAUUCACGUGUCGUUCUAUACUUUUCUCAUCCUGAUUUUCCUCGCGAUUUGUUAGCUGCUGUAAUCGUACCUGCGUCGAGUGAAUAAUCCUUAGGAAACCUUGUUAGCAAAGAUAAAACGCUGUUACCUUUUCCUUGAAUUUUUAAAAGUUAUUUUUUCUUCUCUGUGGAGACAAAACUGUUCCUCAAAAUGAGCUCUUUAUCUGACUGCGAGCUGUGUGAGUGAUGCUGUUAGUGAGGGUAAUGCAAUGAGAUUUAGCUGGCAAAGGUAGAUUUAUAUGCGAAUAAAAAAGCCAAAACGUGAAAUUAACAAAAUGUCAUCCUUUUAGGACCCAACGAAAACAAAGAAGAUGCAAGUCCCCAACAGGAAAGUGAAGACAUCACUGACGAAGAAAACCAUGAAGCUGGUAAGAAAUUAUGUCCAUCAGCAAGACACUAAAGGAUUUUUUCUCUGUAAAAUUAGUAAGGUUUUGUGAUGUAAUGUUUUGAAAUAACUGUUAAAUUAUCACAGCUAGGUAAUGCAAAAAUUUGCAAGUUUUUUCGUUUAAAAUCGAAAUUACCCUUGCAAAUCACGACCCCUUAAGACUUAUUUCGGAGUUAAGAAUUUAGAAGCAAAUAGUACGGAUUGACCACUAUCUGCAUUGCACUGAUCGUUUCGGUUCGGCGACGACUACCCUGUUGAAGGGAUCCUGGAACUUGCUACUCUGUUGAAAUAGAUUUAUAACAAGAAGGAGUUUCUGUGCUAGACGAAUACCAACGAUGCCUAAAACUAUUUUUUUAGUCUGUCUUAAGAGUCAAUCGAUGUUUCACAAAUUUCGCGGUUGAUUCGCUCCUUAUUUACAACUCCCAACUAUGUUGUAUGUUCAUAAACGCUGACUGUGGUAAAUGUAAACUUUUUUGACAAAAUUACUAUAUAAUAGUGUAUUUAUUUAAAAGAUAAAUCAAUUAUUUUCUCUGUUUCAGUAGAAGUAAGCGAAGAUUAUAACGGAGAGGAAGACUUUCCGGAAAAAACGGAGGACAGCUUUGAUGAUGAAGGUAAGGUUUCAUUCAUGACUUCCUUUAAUGAUUGCUUUUCAAUCGAGCAGUGUGAUCAAUUCAACAAAUAUAUAUUUUUUGGCACUGAGAUUUAGCUGGCAAAGGUAGCAUUUACAUGCGAAUAAAAAAGACAAAACGUGAAAUUAACAAAAUGUCAUCCUUUUAGGACCCAACGAAAAUAAAGAAGACGAAAGUCCCCAACAGGAAAGUGAAGACAUCACCGACGAAGAAAACCAUGAAGAUGGUAAGAAAUUAUGUUCAUCAGCAAGACACUAAAGGAUUUUUUCCCUGUAAAAUUAGCAAGGUUUUGUAAUGUAAGGUUUUAAAAUGGCUGUUAAAUUAUCACAGCUAGUUAAUGAAACCCAAACUUACUAGAUAACAGUGUAUUUGUUUAAAGGAUAUAUUAAUUCUUUUCUCUGUUUCAGUAGAAGUAAGCGAAGAUUAUAACGGAGUGGAAGACCUUCCGGAAAAAACAGAGGACAGCUUUGAUGAUGAAGGUAAAGUUUCAUUCAUGACUCCCUUUAAUGAUUGUUUUUCAAUUGAGCAGUAUGAUAAAUUCAACAAAUAUAUAUUUUUUUGCAAUUGAGCUCGUUCUCAACGCAUAAUUCCGCUUGGUUAGUCAUUUCCAGAAUCAAAGGGGCCAUUGCAUCUCCAUAACUAGUUUAUUAAAGUUCCCGUUCAUAGUACAACUCCUAUGGUUACUUAACCCUUUAACCCUUGGAGUGACCGGCAUCUAAUUUCUCCUUACCACAUCACCCCUGAAUCAAACAUUAAGGUCAGGAGAAUAAAGGAACUGAUCACCAAAUAGAGAAGCUCUUGAUUGCUGGAAAAAUUCUCCUUGCCAGCACCUUAGGAAAUGUUUAGAGAACAGUAUGGAGAAUAUGAAUACUGGUGUUAGGGUGUAAAGGUUUAAUUCAUGCACCUAUUUAAAGCUCAUAUGAUUUUCAGAGUUGGCCUGUUCAAGCUUCGCUCUAUUUUGAAGCUUGGAUCACCAAGUUCUUAAGGUAAACGUAGAUCCGAACUGUGUAUUUUCGUUUAAAUGAUGAAAGAUCUUUUGUUAUCUCAAACAGGCGAGAUUCCAAAUGACAUGAAAAGGUCGCGAAUAUUUCUCCGCAAAUGUGGAGGUCAUGCAUACAACCGCUUCAAACAGAGGUGUUGCUUUAAACAACUGAUUCCAUUCGGAGUGAGGUGCAUCAGGCUGAGGUGCGCAAAAAUACCUUAUCUUUCUUUCAAUCAACAAUGCUGCAAUGGUCAAGUAAUUCCCAAGACUUCGAAGUGUAUACCUCAGUCUCAACAGUGUGGCCAACUUCCCUACAACUCACAGAGUCACAAAUGUUGCUUUGGUCAAAUAAUACCAAUUCAAGUUCCUUGUUCAAGAUUGCCCUGUAAACAAUCCGCCUACGUUUCUCACACUCAGCAAUGUUGCAACGGUCAAGUCAUUCCCAAGACCUCGAAGUGUAUACCUCAGUCUCAACAGUGUGGCCAACUUCCUUACAAUUCACAGAGUCACAAAUGUUGCUUUGGUCAAAUAAUACCAAUUCAAGUUCCUUGUUCAAGAUUGCCCUGUAAACAAUUCGCCUACGUUUCUCACACUCAGCAAUGUUGCAACGGUCAAGUCAUUCCAAAGAGUACACCGUGUAAACCGCCCACGACGUCGGCUCGAUGUGGUAGCUUUUACUAUAAUCAAAACACACACAAAUGUUGCUUCAACCAAAUUCUGCCGAUCCAUGUCCCCUGUAUCAGACUACCUUGCAGACGAGCAUACUACGUUCCCUACACUCAACAGUGCUGCCACUUACGAGUCAUUCCUAAAGCUGUACCUUGUCCUCAACUCCCGACCUCAUUUCAAUGUGGCGGUUUUUCCUACGCUCCACAGACUCAUAGAUGUUGCUUUGGGCAAAUUGUACCCUUCCAUGUUCCUUGCACAAGACUUCCCUGCGGACAGGCCUUCUAUGUCUCUCAUACUCAACAAUGCUGCAAUUCUAAAGUCAUCCCAAAAGCUGUACCUUGCAUUCCAUCCCCGGUGCCCCUUCAAUGUGGUGGCUUUGCCUACGAUCCUCAGACCCACAAGUGUUGUUUUGGCCAAAUUGUACCGUACCAACUUCCCUGUAACAGACUAUCUUGUGGACAAGCUUCCUACCUUCCUUAUACUCAACAAUGCUGCCAUUCUCGAGUCAUCCCUAGAGCUGUGCCUUGUCCGCAAUUCCCGACCUCAUUCCAGUGUGGUGGCUUUGCUUACGAUCUAAACACUCAUAAAUGUUGUUUUGGGCAAAUUAUACCCUUCCAUGUUCCUUGUACAAGACUUCCUUGCGGACAGGCCUUGUAUGUAUCUCAUACUCAACAAUGCUGCAGUUCUAAAAUCAUUCCAAGAGCUGUACCUUGUGUUCCAUCUCCUGUGUCUCCUCAGUGUGGUGGCUUCGCUUUCAACUCACUGACCCACAAAUGUUGUUUCAACCAGAUACUUCCCAUUCAUGCUCCUUGUACCAGACUACCUUGCAGACAAGCCCUAUACGUCCCCUAUAGCCAACGUUGUUGCCGUGGUCAAGUUAUUCCAAAAACCAUUCCAUGCACGCCAUUUCCGACCCCGUUCCGAUGUGGUGGUUUUUUCUACAAUCCCCGGACCCACAGAUGUUGCUUUGGUCAGAUAGUGUCUCACCAUGUUCCAUGUAACCGAUUACCCUGUGGCCAGUCUCUCUAUGUCCCUCAUACUCAGCAAUGUUGCCAUGCUCAAGUUAUUCCCAGGACCGUACCUUGCUCAGGAUCACCACUUCCAAACAAGUGUGGAGGCCUUCCAUACAAUCCACAGAUUGAGAGCUGUUGCUUUGGGCAGAAAGUACCCAUCCAAGCCUUCUGUACCCGACUGCCAUGUGGACAAGCUUUCUACGUUCCUCACACUCAGCAAUGUUGCCAUUAUCGAGUUCUUCCCAAAAAUGCACCAUGCUCC